AUGGGCUAUUAUAAUACGGACGAAGACUUUGUCUUAGAGCGUGAACACCACUCCACCACGCUUCUCAUCGACGACGACGAUGGAUACGCCACUCCGGACCAAGACCGCCACCCCACCUACCACCAUGAUUCCACCCCACCCCGUGCCCCUGAUACCCCAUAUCGGCCUCCAUUCCCUGAGGCAUAA